AUAUAGAGUCCGGGACGGGGCGGCGGCAGCGCGGGGGGAAGUAGACAGGUUGGCGGCGGGCCGCAGGCGGGGGCCAUGGGGAAAGACUAUUAUCAGACGCUGGGCUUAGCCCGUGGCGCGUCGGACGAGGAGAUCAAACGGGCCUACCGCCGCCAGGCGCUGCGCUAUCACCCGGACAAGAACAAGGAGCCCGGCGCCGAGGAGAAGUUCAAGGAGAUUGCCGAGGCCUACGACGUGCUCAGCGACCCGCGCAAGCGCGAGAUCUUCGACCGCUACGGAGAGGAAGGCCUAAAGGGCGGUGGCCCCAGUGGUGGGAGCAGCGGUGGUGCUAACGGCACCUCCUUUAGCUAUUCAUUCCAUGGAGACCCUCAUGCCAUGUUUGCUGAGUUCUUUGGUGGCCGAAACCCCUUUGACACCUUUUUUGGACAACGGAAUGGGGAAGAAGGCAUGGACGUUGAUGACCCAUUCCCUGGUUUCCCCAUGGGCAUGGGUAGCUUCACCAACAUGAACUUUGUCCGCUCCCGCCCUGCCCAAGAGCCCACCCAAAAGAAGCAAGACCCCCCUGUUACCCACGACCUUAGGGUCUCCCUUGAAGAAAUCUACAAUGGCUGUACCAAGAAGAUGAAGAUCUCCCAUAAACGGCUGAACCCCGAUGGGAAGAGUAUUCGCAAUGAAGACAAAAUCUUGACCAUUGAAGUGAAAAAGGGAUGGAAAGAAGGGACCAAAAUCACCUUCCCCAAGGAGGGAGACCAGACAUCUAACAACAUUCCAGCUGACAUUGUCUUUGUUUUAAAGGACAAACCACACAAUAUAUUUAAGAGAGAUGGCUCUGAUGUCAUUUACCCAGCCAGGAUCACCCUUCGGGAGGCUCUGUGUGGCUGUACUGUGAAUGUCCCCACUCUGGACGGCAGGACCAUACCCGUCGUGUUCAAAGAUGUCAUCAGGCCUGGCAUGAGGCGAAAAGUUCCUGGAGAAGGCCUUCCUCUCCCCAAAAUGCCUGAGAAACGCGGGGACCUCAUUAUUGAAUUUGAAGUAAUCUUCCCUGAGAGGCUUCCCCAGACAUCAAGAACCGUACUUGAGCAGAUUCUUCCAAAAUAACCACCUGUGUUCCCCCAAGGACUGACCAGGGACCUUUCUAGAGCUCAAGGAUUUCUGGACCGUUCCACCAUUUGUGGACCCAUGAGAGGGUGGGAGGGCCCAGGGAGGGCUUGCGUACUGCUGAAUGUUUUCCAGAGAAUAUAUUACAAUCUUUCAAAGUCGUGCAUUAGACUUCAGUGGUUUUUCGAGCGAUAGGGCAACAGGUGGUGGUGAUAGCAGGAAACAGUAUUCCCGUCUGCUCCACUGGGUCCUGCAGCCCUCCUGGGAGGGGCCCACCCCUCCUCCUCCAGGCCCUGUGCAGAGCUGAGAGGCAGCCCUGCAGCUGGACUUGAGCCCUCUGUCAUCCCUUUGCUUGCAGCUGUUAGGUGAUGUUAGCCUGCCGUCCUGGUUACCAGGCCUUCCCUGUAUACUCAAUUUCUGUUGUGUGACCAGUUCGUGUUUUAUUCUGUAUUUGUCUCCAUGUCUUGCUCUUCCUCUGAAGAAACCCAUCUUUCGCCAUCUCAAAUUGAGAAUCUAGACUGUUUUUGCAGAACUACCUGGCCGUGACCACAAGUGAUACCUCUUGGUCCAGCCUCAGUGAGUGAGAGUGACUUGCCCAGCCACCUCUCUCCCUGGAGAGUCAGGAGCCCUUUCAACCUCUGGCUCUGAGGCCAAGUGUGCUCACAUAAGGUCCUUUCCUGUAAGGCAGUCUCCGGCACACCAGGGCUUCCUAGUGGCCCAGGUUUUGGGGGGGGGGGUUGUUUUUUGUUUUUUGGUUUUUUUGACUAAUGGACUCUGGACUCUUUUAAAAGGAUCUGAUCCUUUUGAAUUUUGCACAGCCCUAGAUAUAAUCCCUUUUGAUAAAAGGGUCUUUGCUCCUGAUUAUAGGAGCACUGUGGAACGUCUGUAAAUACAUUUUUAUAAUUCUGUGUAAAGUUGGUGUACACCCAAAUGAAACCAGUCUACGGCUGCUGCUGCUCUCUGUACGGGCCCGUGAUGGAAUUCAGAAGGAAUGGGGUGGGGGGCGGCGUUGGAAUGAGUGUUCCCUGAAAGACAGUCUGGUGCUCAGACCUUUAGACUCAUUGUUAAGUUGCCACUGCCAACACAAGACCAAAGCGUGUGACUUGUCAAUGUGCAGCGUGACAGCAUUAAAGACUGAUGCUAAACCUCA